CCCGGCUGCGGGCGGCGGCAGCAGCCGCGGGACCGCGACUCGGUGGAAGCGUGGCUGGACGAUCACCACGACUUCACCUUCUCCUACUUCGUCAGAAAAGCCACCAGAGAAAUGGUCAACGCCUGGUUUGCUGAGAGGGUUCACACCAUCCCAGUGUGCAAGGAGGCCUGCUCUUGUCCCCUGCAGCAGGGUCCUCGUGCCGACAGCAGCGCCCCCGGGACGCCGGCCAGGAAAAUCUCGGCCUCGGAGUUCGACCGGCCCCUUCGGCCCAUCGUGGUCAAGGACUCCGAGGGCUCGGUGAGCUUCCUCUGCGACUCGCACGAGAAGGAGCAGAUGCCUCUAACCUCCCCCCGGUUUGACACCGACGAAGGGGACCAGUGCUCGAGACUCCUGGAAUUGGUGAAAGAUAUUUCCAGUCACUUGGAUGUCACAGCCCUAUGUCACAAAAUCUUCCUGCACAUCCACGGCCUCAUCGCCGCCGACCGCUACUCCCUGUUCCUGGUCUGUGAGGACAGCUCCAAUGACAAGUUUCUCGUCAGCCGCCUCUUUGACGUCGCCGAAGGCUCAACCCUGGAAGAAGCUUCCAACAGCUGCAUCCGCCUGGAGUGGAACAAAGGCAUCGUGGGCCACGUGGCCGCGCUCGGGGAGCCCCUGAACAUCAAAGACGCCUAUGAGGAUCCUCGGUUCAAUGCAGAAGUUGAUCAGAUUACCGGCUACAAGACACAAAGUAUUCUUUGUAUGCCGAUUAAGAACCACAGGGAAGAGGUGGUUGGCGUAGCCCAGGCCAUCAACAAGAAAUCGGGCAAUGGUGGGACAUUCACCGAAAAAGAUGAGAAGGACUUUGCUGCUUAUUUGGCAUUCUGUGGGAUCGUUCUUCACAAUGCCCAGCUCUACGAGACCUCACUGCUGGAGAAUAAGAGAAAUCAGGUGCUGCUUGACCUUGCGAGCUUAAUUUUUGAAGAACAACAGUCAUUAGAAGUGAUUCUGAAGAAAAUCGCUGCCACGAUUAUCUCUUUCAUGCAGGUGCAGAAAUGCACCAUUUUCAUAGUGGAUGAAGAUUGCUCCGAUUCUUUUUCCAGUGUGUUUCACAUGGAGUGUGAGGAAUUGGAAAAAUCGUCUGAUACUUUAACAAGGGAACGUGAUGCAAACAAAAUCAAUUACAUGUAUGCUCAGUAUGUCAAAAAUACUAUGGAACCGCUCAAUAUCCCAGAUGUCAGCAAGGACAGACGGUUUCCCUGGACGAAUGAAAACACGGGAAAUGUAAACCAGCAGUGCAUUAGAAGUUUGCUUUGUACACCUAUAAAAAAUGGAAAGAAGAAUAAAGUCAUAGGGGUUUGCCAGCUUGUUAAUAAGAUGGAGGAGAAUACUGGCAAGGUUAAGCCUUUCAACCGAAACGACGAGCAGUUUCUGGAAGCUUUCGUCAUCUUCUGUGGCUUGGGGAUCCAGAACACACAGAUGUACGAAGCCGUGGAGAGGGCGAUGGCCAAGCAGAUGGUCACGCUGGAGGUGCUGUCGUACCACGCCUCGGCAGCGGAGGAGGAAACGAGAGAGCUGCAGUCGUUAGCGGCUGCCGUGGUGCCAUCCGCCCAGACCCUCGGAAUCACCGACUUCAGCUUCAGCGACUUUGAACUGUCCGACCUGGAAACGGCUCUGUGCACCAUUCGGAUGUUCACCGACCUCAACCUCGUGCAGAACUUCCAGAUGAGGCACGAGGUCCUUUGCAGAUGGAUUUUAAGCGUCAAGAAGAAUUACAGGAAGAAUGUUGCCUAUCACAAUUGGAGACACGCCUUCAACACAGCUCAGUGCAUGUUUGCUGCCCUAAAAGCAGGCAAAAUUCAGAACAAGCUGACCGACCUGGAGACGCUGGCCUUGCUGGUGGCCGCGCUGAGCCACGAUCUGGAUCACCGUGGUGUGAACAAUUCCUACAUACAGCGGAGCGAACACCCGCUGGCCCAGCUCUACUGCCACUCGAUCAUGGAGCACCAUCACUUCGACCAGUGCCUGAUGAUCCUCAAUAGCCCUGGCAAUCAGAUCCUCAGCGGGCUGUCCAUCGAGGAGUACAAGGCCACGCUGCGCAUGAUCAAGCAGGCCAUUCUGGCCACGGACCUGGCGCUGUACAUCAAGAGGCGAGGAGAAUUUUUUGAACUUGUAAGAAAAAAUCAAUUCAAUUUGGAAGAUCCUCACCAAAAGGAGUUAUUUUUAGCCAUGCUGAUGACAGCCUGCGACCUUUCUGCAAUCACCAAGCCCUGGCCCGUCCAGCAGCGGGUACGUCGCUUAGUGACAGUAACGGUAAUCACUGAAAAGCCUUUGCUCACAAAGAUAGCAGAACUUGUAGCAACUGAAUUUUUUGACCAAGGAGACAGAGAGAGAAAAGAACUCAACAUUGAACCCACUGAUUUAAUGAACAGGGAGAAGAAAAACAAAAUCCCAAGUAUGCAAGUCGGCUUCAUAGAUGCCAUCUGCUUGCAACUGUACGAGGCGCUGACGCAGGUGUCCGCGGCCUGGCUCCCGCUGCUGGACGGCUGCAGGGAGAACAGGCGCAAGUGGCAGGCCCUGGCCGAGCAGCAGGAGACGGUGCUGAACGGGGCGAGCGGCCAGGCGCCGCGGAGCUGAGUCGGUGCCUCGCGGGGCUGAAGUUCAGGGACGCCGGGGCUCGCUGCACACUCCGCCACUGCUGUUUUUGUUUCUGCACAACGUCUGAGCGCAUAGCAUGAGACUUGGCGGGACCGUACCGUGUUCUCUGUGUGUGUGUUCCACGCCACUGAACCGAGAUGGUCGACGCCGGCCACUCCGGGCACACCGGUGACGGCGCCGCGUGCGGUGCUCUGGGUCCUGCAAAGGGCAAAUGGCAUUCUCGGCACUGAGGCUUUUUGUUUGGUAAUUCAGAAAACAAAAACCAAGUGUUUCCAAUCCCCAAUCUUCCAAGAACGUUUGGAAUCUCUGCUUUCUCAAAAGUAGGUUGAGAGCAAAUUGAAUACAUUCUGUGACAUUUGAAGCCUUCACAGGCUAGAGAAAAAUGUUGGCUGAGUAGGUUUUUAAGGAGAAACAAGUAUAUUUGUCAACAAUGUCUCAACAGAAAGCGAGGGAUUCUGAAACAAAUGGGAAGUACUAUGGGGCAGUAUUAUAAAGAAAAUGUUUUACUUAAUUGGUCUGCGGUUUUUGGGAGAGAACAAACAGGAAAUAACUUUGUCAUUUCAGUGCAGUACAUUUUUCCAAAGGCUGCUCAUAAAAUCGUUUCGGCCUUACCUGUCUGAAGGUAACUGGGACCCCUCAGGCCUGACCCGGCCACUGGCUUCACUGAGGGACGGCCGGGACCGGGGACGGAGCGGCCAUGGGCUCUGUGGGCAAAGAGAAAUAAACGCUCUCAGAGUCUGUUUCCCUCCGAACUUCCUUCUUAAAUGAGUUUCUCAUCUGUCAUCUCUUGAAAGUCCAUAGUUUGUAAGUCAGAAGCUUAAAUCUCUACAGGAAAGUGAGGAAAAUGCGGCAAUUAGACCAAUAACCUGAAAUGAGGCAUGAUUUAUGGAUGAGAGGGCACAACAUGGACCUUCUUUCCCUCUGCCAAGAGAAGUUUUAGUCACAUAAACAGCACAGGGUCAUCCCCAAUACUGGGGUCAAAAAUGAAUUCAAGGGAGCAUGAAGGCAAGAAACUUUAUGCCAGAACAAAAUUUAGCAGGAUUGUGAUGAAGAAACUGCCAUGUUUUGAUUUCAGAAUCAGAGAAGUUUGGAUGUUUGCCCUGAACCCUGGCCCUGAGCUCAGCUGCUGGUUUUUCCUCCCCGUACAUUAGGACAGCUGACGUCUUCUCAGACCUUGAGCCCAUGUGAGUGGGUCACUCCUAUACACACCACUCGGUAUCGGGGAAGGAGAUGGCGAAUUGAGCAGCUAGUCUAGGAAAAUACGCAGGAAUGUGUGGAGUUGGGGAGAGUAGAAAGAGAUUGAUAUGAUUUAUUACCUUCUACCCACCCAACCCCCAAAAUGGAAUUAGAUCUGAGUUUUCAUCACUAAUUUGGAUAGAAAAUUUCUUGGGGCUAUGGUAACGCAUCCUUCUCAAAAACUUUUCACCAAAACAGAGUUUCCAUUUAUGUCCUUUUUCCCCUAAUCUUUGCCUAAAAUGUAACACGUACACUGAGUUUUUAAAAUUCUGAGUGCAUAUAUACAUCUUGACGUAACGCUUCAGGUUAAAAAAAAAAAAAAAGAAAGGCAAAACAAACUGUAUUACCAUUACUUUGUAGUGGUAAAGGCUAAUCUAAAAUUAUCAACAAUUUAAUGCUAUAUGUAUUAUCAUUAUACUUGUAUUUUCAGGAUAUUUUAUUUUGUCAUACAGAUGAAAUCUGUAAGGUUGCCUUUGGUGGCAGUGAUGUGUAAAUUACACAGACUCACUAAAAUAACAGUUACAUCUGCAAGCUGGUGUACACACGCAUGCAUUCAUAACUCCUUUAGUGCAGAAAGUUGCUUAAAGAAUAGCAAUCUUUAAUAAACCUUUUUAUCACAUACAUUGUGAUUUAGCAAUUAUGCUAAAAUAUACAGUUAUAUACUUUAGUAAUUUGUUAGACCUCGCUAAUAUAUGUCACUGAGAAUUUUUUUUUUAACAUGGUAGAUUGUACGUGGAGGAUUUGUGUGUCAUUUUAAUAAGAAGAUAUAUUUAGGUUAGAAAUUGUGUAUUUGGUUUGCCUUUGGAUAAUGCUUUAUUUUACUUCACUAGUUUGGACAUUAGAAGAAGUAGGGCGAUGCCGUACUUAUUGUCCACUAUUUUAGUUCAUACAGAAGGUUUUUCAUAAAGCACUUCUUUAGGACUGGUUAAUUGGUUCAAGUAGUUUUUAAUUUGUAGGAAAGUUAUUCCAUGCAUGGAUUAAUAUCUAUGGUCCAUGGGCACAGAGUUUUUGCUUUUAUGUGAAUGUUUUCUUUCUAGUAUCUUCUCAAGUUAGAAAAAAUACAGAGUCCUCCCUCACCAUACCCUGUAUUUAUAUUACCCAUAACUAGCCAGAAGUUGUUCUUGUUCUAGGUUGUUCGUUUGUUAGUUAUAGCAGAGAAACAUGAUACCAUUUAAUUUAAAUUUGCAGCCAGAAUAGUCCCCACUAUUUUACUAACUUGGUAAAAGGUGUUUAUAGAAUUGUCAGGUCUCGUAUUUUCCAGUGGUUUGGCCUUUGCCAGGCCGGGUCCUGUGUGAGCCAUGUCACCUGUGUGUGCCUGUGUGAGCCGUGUCACCUGUGUGUACCUGUGUGAGCCAUGUAACCUGUGUGAGCCGUGUAACCUGUGUGUGCUGUGUAACCUGUGUGUGCUUGUGUGGCAUGUGACCUGUGUGAGCCGUGUCACCUGUGUGUGCCUGAGUGAGCCAUGCUGAUACAUUCAUUCGGCUUCACAUGCAGCUCCGAGCUCUUUAUCUCCCCUCAAGGUACAAACCCAGGAUUGGUGUUGUCACCACUGAUCUCUUAAUUAUGAAAAUUAGUUUCCUUUAAUAGGAGUCCUAGAGAUAAAGCGUGUGGACAUACACCAGAAACAUUGGAUUCCAGGAGCAAACUCUUCGGUCACAGAUACACGCUUGCCUAGCAGCGAAGUGCCUUUAUUUUCAGCAUAGAACUUGAUUAGACCUGCCCCAAUUCAAUUUAUAACUUUUCUGUAUCUUUCACCAAACUGUACUCCUAAAUCUUAACAGGCCACCCCAAGCAAAGCUGUCUUUUUCUACAAGACUAGUUUAAGAUGAGAGGGCAAGAGCCAACUGCCAUCCUCUCUGGUGAGCAGCUGUCGUGAACAUCAGGCGGCAGAACCUCACAGCUCAGCAUCGGGCUGGCGUCCACCCCGUACUGAGUCUGUGCUCUGCUGUGGGGACAGCAGUGACCUCACGGAGCUCGGUCCGCGCGGGAGGGGCUGGGCACGUCACGUCAGCGUGGCUUUCAUCUGUGACACAUGCACCGGGCACCGUCUACCUGACACACGUUAAGAAACUGCCAGCUAACAUCCUGUCUGCUUGCAAGCAUGACUCACUUCACCUGUAGCCAGUUCCAGAACACCCUGUCUCUAGAUUAUUCUUGCCCUGUGCCAGCCGGGCAGGGACCACUCAGUUCUCUCGCGCACGGUUCUGGACCCCUUCUGCUCCCCGACGAGGAGCGAAGAAGGAAGUAUUAAACUCACUUUGCCAUUCCUUUCACUUCUCAAAAGCCCAUGUAAACACGUCUUAAUGAAUGUCGUCAAAAGCAAUGUAAAUAGUUGAAAAAUAUAAAUUUCUAUUACAGUUUAAGAAAAGAAAACCUUAUGAAUCAUCACUAGCCACUGUUAAUAUCUGUUUGUAUUCUUAAACCUUUUCACUAUAUUUGAACAAAUAUAUAGUUUCUGGCACUAUUUUUGUACUCGGAAAAGGAGUUACUAUGUAUAUUAUGUUUAACUUUUAAGUCAUUUUAAAGAAUCAUGAAUGUUGAUUUCGUUUCUUUCCUCGCCUCCACCGUGAGAAUCAUUUCAGACGACGCUUCUGUGACAAACUCACUUGAAAGGACACUGCACGCCUCUGAUCCUGCGAAGUUACGAGAUGGUCAGGGUGGUUUUCCACCGUGCCAGCUCCUCACCUGUCAGCUGUUCCCUCAUUUUGCCAUGCUUUGUAAAAAUAAAAAGGAUAAUAAACAAGUA